GUUUGUCCUUUAACGCUUUUAUCACUGUUUAUUUUGUGGGCGGCCAUGAGCCUUUGGGUGGACAAACAUCGUCCAAAGAGCCUGGACAAGCUCGAUUACCAUGACGGUUUGACACAGCAACUCCAACGAGUGGCGGCGAGCGGCGACUUUCCUCACCUCCUUGUCUAUGGCCCAUCGGGAGCGGGCAAGAAGACAAGAAUUGUCGCGUUAUUAAGGGAGCUUUAUGGACCGGGCGUUGAAAAGCUGAAGGUCGAUCUCCGCCAGUUUGUCACACCAUCAAACCGAAAAUUGGAAGUUAGUAUAGUGAGCAGCAACUAUCAUAUCGAACUGACUCCCAGUGACGUAGGAUCGUAUGACCGGGUCAUUGUGACAGAUCUGAUCAAGGAAAUUGCACAGACUCAACAGGUGGAUAGCAGUGCAAAGCGACCAUUCAAAGUCGUCAUUCUGAACGAAGCGGAUGGCCUAACACGCGAGGCACAAGCAGCUCUCCGUAGAACCAUGGAAAAGUACAUGGCGAAUCUGCGUGUCAUUCUCUGCACAGAGUCCACAUCAAAGAUCAUUGCACCAAUAAGAAGUCGGUGCUUACUUGUGAGAGUAGCUGCCCCUGAAGUGGACGAAAUGCGCAAAGUGAUAUACAAAGUCUGCAAGAAGGAAGGAAUGACAAUACCGGAAGCAUUUGCCACGCGUCUUGCUGAAGCAGCAAACGGCAAUUUGCGACGUGCGAUUCUGAUGCUGGAAGCGGCCAGAAUCCAGCAAUAUCCGUUCGAAGAUAACCAAGAGAUUGCAAUAACGGACUGGGAAAGGGUUAUUAAAGACAUGGCGAUGGAUAUUUUGGGGGAACAGAGUCCAGCUAGGUUGAUGAAAGUCCGAGGGACCUUUUACGAACUCCUGUCACACUGCAUUCCACCUGAUAUCAUACUCAAGUAUCUGGCUUUUGAACUGAUGAAAAACGUGGAUGGUCAAAUUAAACUCGAAAUCGUGCAGGCUGCAGCACAGUUUGAACACCGAUUGAGGAUGGGAAAUAAAGCGAUCUUCCACCUCGAGGCAUUCGUUGCGCGUUUCAUGAGUGUAUAUAAAGCGUACCUAAUGGAAAUUGGUAUGGCCUGAAGCCGCGUGAUUCUGACUGUAAAGAAUGUGAUGUGGACGGGCAUGAUAGGGAGAAUAUGUAUAUAUCUAAUAGAUUCGGAGUAAUUACUGUGACAUUGGGACUCAA